CAACCCCUGUAUCUGCAGGCCAUGCCAAAUGGCAUGACUCCAACUCUCUUGCCUUCUCACCACACUGGGUGUGGCAUUUCAGAAACAUGAACCAACAGAUGAAUCCUCUGCCUGGCUGAACAGGCUCAGAGGAAAGCAGCAGCCAUGGCGUCUGUUUCGUACUCAGAGGAACUGACUUGUUCUGUCUGUCUGACCAUCUUCACCGAUCCAGUCAACCUUCCCUGUGGACACUCCUUCUGCAGGCAGUGUAUUUCAGAAGUGCUGGCCACACAGCAGCACUGUCCGAUGUGUGGGACAGCUGUAGCGCUGGAGGCAGCAAGUCUCCCAACAAGCCUGGUUCUGAAGAGCCUGGCCGAGAAAGCCAAGGCGAAGCCGGACGAAGGGAAACGACUGACAGCAGAGUUGGCUGCACUCUGUCCUGAACAUGAGGAAAAGCUGAAGUUAUUCUGCAUCACAGACCAGCAGCUAGUUUGCAUCAUAUGCAGAGAUGGUGAGGAGCAUGAAGGUCACCAGUUUAAACCAGUCAAAGAAGCUGCUGCAUCCCUCAGAAAACAGCUGGGGAUGUUUGAACAAUGCACUGCCGACGAUAUUCACGCUGUAGAAAGUCUUGCUGAUACACAAAAGGACGAAAUGUUUAAAACCAGAGAGAGAUCUCAGCAGCUGCUGACUCGGAUCAGCAAACAGUUUGAGGAGAUGCAUCUGUUUCUGAAGAGGAGAGAAAAUGAGAUAAAGAGCGAGCUGAAGCACAAGGAGGAAGACAACGUUGAGAAAAUGAGAGAGACUUUCCAAGCUACAGCUGUGGCUUUGUCUGAGAGCAGAGAGCUGAAGGAAAAAGUCUCCUCGGUUCUGAAAAUCACAGAAUCAGAGAGAUUCUUAAAGAGCUGGACUGAAGGGAAGGAAAAGGGGGCGCUAGAGCACCUGUUCAGGCCCAGAGUGAAUGAACUCCAAGUGGUGGAUUCUUCUCUCUCACUGGGGCCGUAUGAGAGCCACCUGCAGUUCUUCAUGUGGAAGGAGAUGCUUCAGGUGAUCCAACCCCGGGCAGAGCUGCUGACGCUGAAGAGCGACAGUCAGGAUGUGGUCGUGUCUGAUGAUGGCAGAAGUUUGUUCUGUAGACCCAAAAUGCACCAAGCCGUUGAAACUGAUUUUGGGAGGCAAAAUAUGUAUUGUCCGUUUACUUUUGAAGAUCCAUCCGGUUUUUCAUUUGGUGGAGCUGGUUUCUACAGUCCAAACCCUUCUGGCGCUCAAGCCACAGUAGACUUACAAUCUGCCUCCAGUGUCAGUGAGUUCGGAGCCGGGCAGCAUUACUGGGAAAUUGAGGUCGGCAGCAGAAGCUAUUGGGAGCUGGGGGUUAUACACAAUCUCCUGAAAUAUGAUGGAGUAAAAUAUGCCUCCUGUGGCCCAAAUGUCACCACAGAGCUGGAGUUUAGAAACAGACCCAGAAAGAUUGGGGUUUACUUUAACUGCUCUUCUAAAGAGCUCUCUUUCUACGACGCAGACACCAUGACACACAUCCACUCAGUGAGCGCCGUCUUUGUGACCACGCCAGUGUCCGCACAGAUUAACAUCAAACACAAGCAGCCGGAUCACAGUCCUGUGACUGUCUGCUGGUACUGAGCAGCUCCGCAGUCCAGCAGGAGUCGCUGGAGGUUGAGCUCACAAAACAGCAGAAAAGUACAGAACUGGAUAAAAUAUGACCUAGACUUAUACAAACUUUGUUUGUUGUGAAAUAUUCUCUUAUAGAAAGUGGGGGUGUUUGAGAUCUGCUUGUAAAAAUAUAUUUUCCCACUGCCAUCCAUACUUGUCUCAACAGAGGUGUAAUGUACAGACAGGCUUUUGUACAUAAUAAUUCAAUAGAAAAUGCGUCAGAUGUAUUUGAUUGUUGCUGAAAUUUGGAGAGAGAGAAAAUAUAAGACGAUUGUCUUCUCUAGCUAAGAGUCAGUUGAAAUGGUUUUUAUGUAUUUCGUUAUUUCAUCUUUAAUGCAGCAUUUUAUUGUUAACACCUGUCAAAAAAAAUAAUCUGAGCUUCAGGCUAAAUUUAUUAUCUGUUAAUGAAACAGUAUUGAAUUGUGAAUCUUUCUGGAUUGUAUAUAUAUUUUUCUUACAUAAAGUUUUUAUAAGCAGUAUGAAGUUUUUUUCUGCUCUCAUGAUUAUUGCUAGAAUCCCCCCCCCCCUAUUUUCCUUUAACAUUUUUGAGAUUACAAAAGGAAAAUUGAUUACUAAUAUGUCUGUUUUUAAUGAAGUCGUGAUAUAACUCUACCAAAAAGCUUAAAAAAUACAGUUUAAAACAUAGAAUCGAAAUAAAAGGUUUGAUGUAAAUUUUUUCAAAACUUGAUGAGAUUUUGUCUCACUUGGAUACUGAGUUUAGCUAAGUGUGUUUGUCUUGAUGUAUAAAACUCAUCAUUUGACAUUGAGGCAAACAUAAUGUCUUAAAAGAAUAUGUUUGAACUUUCUCUGAACAUGUUCUGUGUUUUCUUCUCUGUACACAAAUGAAUAAAUUUCCUCACAUAUU